AUGGCAACACCAACAAUGAAUUCUUCAGCACCAAAUUUAGCAACACUUUUAUUAAUUAAACGAAAACUAGCCGAAAAAAAUGCUGAAAAAAUCGUCGAAACACAAGUUUUACCAACACUUUCAACUACUAUUGGCGCUCAUUCCAAUGAAAAAUUAUCUUAUCGUCAAAAUAUAUUGGGAAUAAAUUCAACAGCAACACCUACAAAUGUAAAAGAAUCACCAAAGGUUAGUCGACAAAACAAACAACUUGAAGUUGAAUUACUUGAUAAAAAAAUGGAAGAAAUCAAUCGCAAACAAGAAGUAAAAACAAAUGAAGCAUUACACACAUGGAAAGGUUUUGAUUCUCUUAAUUAUGGAUUUGUUUCAGAAUCUGAAACACGAAAAUCAACUCCUAUUUCAUCUAUAUCAACAAAACAACGUACACCUACGCCAUCAUCAAAAAUACAAGCAUCACCAGUCAAAACUCCAGAGAAAAUAAUCAUUGAAACACGAAAACAAGAACCGCUAGUGAGUGAGCAACCCAUUGAGACAUAUCCUUCGGUAACACCAAAACAACCAACACCUCAACGUAUUGAUUCUCCAGCCCAAAAUCAACCAAGUUCUAAAUUAUCAUUGAAUGAAGAAGAACCUCAAAAAGAAAGUAUAGAUAAACAAUAA